UCUGUUGCAAAGCUGCAGGAGAGGUGGCGGUGCGGGCAUCCUGCGAGCUAAAACACAGUCAGCUUUUGUUUUCAUCUCACAUACUUCCAUCAAGAAAGAAAGAGUCCGAUGCUGCGUUUCCACCGGGAGAAUCUGCGGAUUACGCGCAUUUUUACGCCGCUUUCUCGUGCGUAAAACAAACAUCUGAUUUGCUGGACUAUGAGCGAACUCUCCUGUAUGCGCGUUUUUUGAGAAGUUGGUUGAAUGUAGGAAACUUUUUUUUUUUUGAUGCCACUUUUGAAGACUGCAGGCUGAAGAAAAAAGUUGCUGUCAAAGGUUUUGGAGACGCGCCAGUGUGUCCGCUCGAAGUCAAGGAGGACUUUUGGAGACUCGGAAGACAUGAGACCGUUUGUUGUGUGCGCGCUGCUGCUGUUAAAAGUUACUCUUGGAAAUGCCUGUGCCAGUGGCGAGUUCACUGAAUCGGGCCAGUGUUGCAGUUUGUGUCCUGCUGGCUUUGGAGUGGUGGUGGACUGUGGGAAAGAGGAUACCCAAUGUGCACCAUGCCCGCGGGGAACAUUUUCCCCGUCUGAAGGCUUCGAGCGUUGCCUCCCGUGUGCCAGAUGCCCGUUCAGCGUGCCCACGGUGGCCUCCUGCUCCGCCACCUCCAACACGCAGUGUGAAUGUGACAACGGCUAUUUCUUUUUGAGCUCCCACAACCUGUGUGCGCCGUGCUCCAGAUGUGCCCACGGUGAGGGGGUUGCCCGGGAGUGUGGCCUCCAGGGAGACACGGUGUGUCAGAUCUGCGGCGCCGGAACCUUCUCCGAGGACCUCGUCAGCACCAAACCCUGCCAGAAGUGCACUCAGUGCUCCGACAGCGAGGUGGAGAUCCGUCCCUGUAUGCCCAACUCCGACACACUGUGCAUGGAUAAGAAGCUGGACAUUCUUUCUCGUCCUGCCGACGGAACUAGAGAUGCUACUCGCUGGCCAGGUGGAGACGGUGCGAUGGAGGACGGCGAGUCCAGUCCUGCACCCGAAACGCCCAAGUUUACCCCUCAGGACCCGGGUGACAGCAACAACAUUCUGGCCUACAUGUCUGUUCUGGCUGCGGUUGUGCUGGGUUUGCUUGUAUAUGUGGCGUAUAAAUGCUGGAGAUCGUGUAAACAGAAGAAGGCUCUCUCUAAAGCUCGUGCGGCCGAGUUGGGAAACCCUCCAGAAGGGGAAAAGCUCCAAAGUGACAGCGGUGUGUUUCUGGACUCCUACAGCCUGCAGGACAACCAGCCCAGCAAAGGUGUGGUAGAAGCUAAACUGGAUAGGAUUUCUGAGGCUUCAGAACAAGGUACCAAGAGAGACAGCAAGCAGGACAACCGUCUGUACAUCAACCUGCCCCCCCACCGGCAGCAGGAGGUGGAGCGCCUCCUGCAGGAGGGCAGCGGUCGGGGUUGGAGGCACCUGGGGGCAGCGUUGGGCUACGAGCCCGAACAGCUGGACCUGUUUGGGCGAGGAGAGGCUCCAGCUCACACACUGCUCUCCAACUGGGCCCAGAAAGAAGGCUCCACCCUGGGACUGCUGUGCUCGGCGCUGGCUCGUAUCGAGAGGCCCGACGUGCUCACGGCCCUCAACUCCCCCACGCAGGGUGUUUCUGUGGUCUGACCACCCUCCACGAGUGACACUCACAGACUCGAGUGAGGAACUUUGAACAUGACAAGAGAGGCACUCUGAUAGCAACACCUCUGUCACCGCUGGAAGCUGCCACUGAUGUUUGUUUUUUUUAUAUAUAUAUCGCUUUUUUGACACAUAAUUCAGACAAUGAAAUAAUCUUCUAAGACUUUACCAGAGUUUUUGUUGCCAUUUGGUUUUACAUGGUGCAUGAAAGAAUCUCUUGCAAAUGUGU